CCCCCCCCUACCCUGGGGCUCCCCGAAAUCCAGUUCCCCUCCCCCACCCCAGCUCAUGCCCCAGCCCCCGAACUCCGGGGCUGCUAGCCCCCGGUGCCCCCGCCCCUCCUGAAAAUCGGGGUGUGCUCCCCAAACCCCCUCCCCUCCAUUGGGGAGCCCCUUUCCGGCCCCCUUUCCCUCCCUCCCACGCUCCCAUACCCUUUCCUUCUCCAACCCCCUCCUUCCCCUCUCACCCCUCCCCCCAUCCUGGCCCCCCCUGCAAAAGUGGGGUGCGGAGGGGGGAGGGGUGAGAACCCACCACGGGGAGGAAGGCAACUCUGAUGAAGUCAGAGCCCCUUACCCGCCGCCGCGGCCAGGCCCCCCAACAUGGACUGUCUCUGUAUAGUGACAACCAAGAAAUACCGCUACCAAGAUGAAGACACGCCCCCUCUGGAGCACAGCCCGGCCCACCUCCCCAACCAGGUAAACGCCCCCGAGCUGGUGCACGUGGCGGAGAGGAACUUGUCCCACCUCGAGGCCGUCCACGGGGUCGUGGGCCACGCCCACCUCUCCCCCCUCAAGGCCAAUUCCCCCCCUGUGAUUGUCAACACAGAUACCCUAGAAGCCCCAGGAUAUGUGAAUGGGACCGAGGGGGAGAUGGAAUACGAGGAGAUCACAUUGGAAAGGGGUAACUCAGGGUUGGGCUUCAGCAUCGCAGGUGGCACUGACAACCCACACAUCGGGGAUGACCCAUCCAUUUUCAUCACCAAGAUCAUUCCCGGUGGUGCCGCAGCCCAGGAUGGCCGCCUCAGGGUCAAUGACAGCAUCCUGUUUGUCAAUGAAGUGGACGUGCGUGAGGUGACACACUCGGCAGCGGUCGAGGCCCUCAAGGAGGCAGGCUCCAUCGUCCGCCUCUACGUCAUGCGCCGGAAGCCCCCUGCUGAGAAGGUCACGGAAAUCAAGCUCAUCAAGGGGCCCAAAGGUCUGGGCUUUAGCAUUGCUGGAGGCGUGGGGAACCAGCACAUUCCAGGAGACAACAGCAUCUACGUGACCAAGAUCAUUGAAGGGGGUGCCGCCCACAAGGAUGGGAGGUUGCAGAUUGGAGAUAAGAUCCUGGCGGUCAACAGUGUGGGGCUGGAGGACGUAAUGCAUGAGGAUGCCGUGGCAGCCCUGAAGAACACAUAUGAUGUUGUCUACCUGAAGGUGGCCAAGCCCAGUAAUGCCUACCUGAGUGACAGCUACGCUCCACCUGACAUCACGACCUCCUACUCCCAGCACCUGGACAAUGAGAUCAGCCACAGCAGCUACCUGGGCACUGACUACCCCACAGCCAUGACCCCCACUUCCCCUCGGCGCUAUUCGCCAGUGGCCAAGGACCUGCUCGGGGAGGAAGACAUACCCCGGGAGCCGAGGCGGAUCGUCAUCCACCGGGGCUCCACCGGCCUGGGCUUCAACAUUGUGGGCGGCGAGGAUGGUGAAGGCAUCUUCAUCUCCUUCAUCCUGGCCGGGGGCCCUGCGGACCUGAGCGGGGAACUGCGGAAGGGAGACCAGAUUCUGUCGGUCAACGGUGUCGACCUCCGCAACGCUAGCCAUGAGCAAGCCGCCAUUGCCCUGAAGAACGCAGGUCAGACGGUCACAAUCAUCGCUCAGUAUAAGCCAGAAGAGUACAGCCGCUUCGAGGCCAAGAUCCAUGACCUCCGGGAGCAGCUCAUGAACAGCAGCCUGGGCUCAGGGACUGCCUCCUUGCGGAGCAACCCCAAGAGGGGUUUCUAUAUCAGGGCCCUGUUUGACUAUGACAAGACCAAGGACUGCGGCUUCCUAAGCCAGGCGCUGAGCUUCCGCUUUGGGGAUGUGCUGCAUGUCAUCGACGCCAGCGACGAGGAGUGGUGGCAGGCGCGGCGCGUCCACUCUGACAGUGAGACCGACGACAUUGGUUUCAUCCCCAGCAAACGGCGGGUUGAGCGACGAGAGUGGUCAAGGUUAAAGGCCAAGGACUGGGGCUCCAGCUCUGGAUCACAGGGUCGAGAAGACUCUGUGCUGAGCUAUGAGACGGUGACACAGAUGGAAGUGCACUACGCUCGCCCCAUCAUCAUCCUUGGGCCCACCAAGGACCGGGCCAAUGAUGAUCUUCUCUCUGAGUUCCCCGACAAGUUUGGAUCCUGCGUUCCCCAUACGACGCGGCCCAAGCGGGAGUACGAGAUAGACGGCCGGGAUUAUCACUUUGUGUCCUCCCGGGAGAAAAUGGAGAAGGACAUUCAGGCGCACAAGUUCAUCGAGGCCGGCCAGUACAACAGCCACCUCUACGGGACCAGCGUCCAGUCCGUGCGGGAGGUGGCGGAGCAGGGGAAACACUGCAUCCUCGAUGUCUCGGCCAAUGCCGUGCGGCGGCUGCAGGCGGCCCACCUGCACCCCAUCGCCAUCUUCAUCCGCCCCCGCUCCCUGGAGAAUGUGCUAGAGAUUAACAAGCGAAUCACAGAGGAGCAAGCCCGCAAAGCCUUCGACAGAGCCACCAAGCUGGAGCAGGAGUUCACAGAAUGCUUCUCAGCCAUCGUGGAGGGCGACAGCUUUGAGGAGAUCUACCACAAGGUGAAGCGUGUCAUUGAGGACCUCUCAGGCCCCUACAUCUGGGUUCCCGCCCGAGAGAGACUGUGACUCCUGCCCUGCCUCCCCGACCCCGGGCCCUCGGUCUGGACUUGCUUGGCCCACACCCUCUGCGCCCUCGCCUCCCUUCCCACUCUUCUUAUUUAUUUCCUUUCUGACCGGAUCCAGCCGACACUGGAGCGGGGAGACCCCCCUCUGCAUGUUUCCCCGCACCCAGAACCAGGCUCCUGAAUCCCCCAGGGACCGGGCGUCUGGGGGAAGGGGCGGCCAGCUGGGCUCCUGGCUCCAAGGACCUGCCACACUCUACCACCCCUGCCCCCUGCCCGCCCCCAACGCACACUUGACCCUGCCGGGGGCACCCCUUGCCCACCCCGUCGCCUCCCGCACACACUCCAGAAUCAGGGCCCCUCCUUCCCCCAAGGAGCAACUGCUGUGGGGAUGCAGGCCGCAGGCCCCCACUCUCUCCUGAGGCAGGGCCUGGGGUCACCCCUGCCCCCCAUCAUGACUCCCCAUGGCCCUUCAGUUCUCAUUUAUUUUUUCCCACUUUUUUUUCCUUCUCAAAGGUGGUUUCUUGGGGGCAUAUGUAGGGGUCUCCCCGCUGGUCCCCCUGCCUUCCACACACUCCCACCUGUUUUUCUUUGCCGGUUUGCAUGAGUGGAAGGUCUAACUGUGUUUUUUUUUCCCCUGGGAGCUUUUUUGUUUUGUUUUGUUUUGUUUAGUUUUCCUUUUGGGGGGAGAUGGGGGGAUGGGUCUAGGGAGUGGGGAAUAUGGGAGGGAGGGUGGGGGGCAGGGGUCGGGUCGGGUGUCCGGGAACCAGGGGAAGACUGGAAAUGCUGCCGCCUUCUGCAAUUUAUUUAUUUUUUUCUUUUGAGAGAGUGAAAGGAAGAGACAGAUACUUGAA